AUGUUUGCCUACCUCAUUGGCGUCUGUCUUCUUCCCAAGCUACACAUUGGCCGCUUCAUAGGAAUAGCCAUCGUCACUAUACUUUCUUUCGCCCUGAUGUUUGCCCCCUUACUCCUCGGCUCUCUCUACGAUAAUUACAAAGGGAUCCCGCCACCGCUUGACAUUACAGAUCGAGAGGUGAACCCUAUCUUCUUGCAAAUCUUGCCAUACAUCGGCUCCAACUCCUACCUUUACUCGCUUCUAUCACAACUCACACAAAGUAUCCACCGCAUCUUUCCCUUCGCCCGCGGCCUCUUCGAGGACAAGGUCGCCAAUGUUUGGUGCGCCAUGCAUACGCUUCACAAGCUCAACACGUAUUCCAUCCCGCUUCUACAGCGCGUCUCGCUACUAGCCACUAUCAUCGCCAUUCUACCCGCCUGCAUGACAAUCUCUACCUCACCCAGAAAGGAACUGAUACCAUGGGCCUUAGCUAGCAGUGCGUGGGGCUUCUUCUUGUGCUCGUUUCAGGUCCAUGAGAAAAGUGUGCUGCUACCUUUGCUACCGAUGACAAUGAUGCUUGGUGGAGAUGGUGGUCUGGGUGUCGAGAUGAGAGCAUGGGUCGGAUGGGCGAAUAUGCUUGCUGUAUGGACGCUUUUUCCGCUGCUGAAGAGGGACGAAUUGAGGAUCCCAUACUUCGUGCUCUCACUGUUAUGGGCAUAUUUGAUGGGAUUACCGCCCACCAGCCUAGAUCUGUACCUUGGGAAACAGGCAAGGAAGGGCGGUAUCCGUAUGUCAACAAGCACUGUGCACCUCGGCUUCUAUGCAACGAUGGUUGGAUGGCACCUUGCCGAGGCUUUUAUCGAAACUCCCAAUGGGAAACCGGAUUUGUGGGUCGUGCUGAAUGUAAUGAUCGGAGCGGCGGGAUUUGGCAUCUGCUAUGUCUGGUGCACGUGGCAGCUAUUGCUACGAAGCGGGAUUCUGCAGGAAUGGUUUGACUUUCGGACCGAGAUGGGGAAGGAGGGUAAAAAGGAUGAGAAGAAGCGGGCGUCAACUCCAACGCCGCAUGGGAGCAAGACGAAAAGUUUGAGGAGUGGCAAGACGCCGAAAAAGUCCCGUUGGAGGGGAGGGGAGGAGAGUGGGAGGCGCGAAUACCUUGACUUUGGCGGCGGCUGCGCCGGCUGGUUUUAG